AUGCGACCUUCUCAUAGCCAGCGAUGUAUUGAGCAGUGCCGGGAAUCUGAUCAAAUGAUUUACCAAGGUUUGCAGUUACUGAACAGUCAGUCGUCGGCUCGUCAAGCGUCGUUGGCUCGUUCGACCGCCGAGAACCAGCGCCUACGUGGUCAGCUGACGCAAUUAAAGCGACAAGUGACGGAAAGCACACUUGCUCCGCCGACGCGCAGGGUCAAUCAGAGUCUCCCUUGUAUGUUUCAAAACUCACCACAUUCUCCACAAAGAGCACGUGAAUUCUGCAGAUCGCGAUCAAGCGUACGUCACACCUCAGUCGAUGAACUUCAAAAACGGUGUGCCACAGCAUUGUCUGAAAUGAGUCGUUGGCGUCGUAGGUGGAAACGACAAGAAAUGGAGCUACAACUGGAGAGACAACGGCUGGGUGUGUUGCAAGCUAACCAGCAGACAGACUUGCAAAUUCGCAAAAGGUUUCUUGCAUCUAUCUGUCAGCUGAUACAGGAGGCAUCUCGUCACAUCGACCUGGUGGUACAAAAGCAUCUGGAAAAAUUCUGCUCCGGUCCGAGCGCACCACCAAAGCCGCACUCACCGACCGACGGAAGCCCAAGUCGCGUGGUCGACUUAGAGAAUCCCCAGGUGCUUGAGGUCGGUCAACCAGAUAGGCCUUCCCCCAGUCCCCGAUGCAAGAUGCUUUUGUUUUCUCCACAACAGAACUCCGUAUUACCUCAUUCCCUGGAGCUCACUCCCACUGGAGACGAGCGUUCCAAUCAGCCAGUCAAUCAUGCUCAACCCCAAAAGCGCGUACUUGUAACAAACACAUGUUCCGUUGUAUCGAAGCGUAUCGAAUCUUCAAUGGGCACUCGGGAUAGGUGUGUGGCCCUGAUGGACACUAACUGCAACAACAACAUCAGAACGUCUCAAUCUUUCACCCCAGCUUUUGGCUCACGAAGUGUUCGGUCGACAACUGGGUACCAGCGUGGUAUGUGGACCGAUACCAGUCAGUUUUCGUUAGUGGAUAAUUUCGGUACUCGCGCACAAUUUCCGACCCCGGAAACGCCAACUGGAGGUAGUCGAAUGCAAAAUUUUAGUCCUUUCGAGAGCAGCCGAUCAGCUUUGCAAUCUGUGGCCACAACCGGAGAUCCGUACGAUGCGGAUACCCCCGUAGGACUGGAACAGUCGACCACAUCAGCUUCACCCGAACAAACGCCCGAUGAAGCGAGCGAUUCAGUCAUUUCACCGGCGACUGAAGUCGUGUGCACGGAAACCUCACUGUUUAGUUCCACACCACUGUCUGUGGAGAAUCCCCGUUUGCUCGCGCAAGAACAGUUGAAUGCACUUCGGGCAGCUGUGCGCCACGAAUUAAGCAAGGUACUCGCUAAUAUCGUGGAUCACGCGAAAAAGAAUGAUUCAUUGGCACAAGAGUGCCUGGAGGCGAUCACGGAGCUUCAGAUGCAACUUAUCCAUGGAGCGGGAUCCGAAGAGCCUGCAAAACAUCACGCAAUAACUUCGCUCUCCGAGGUAGCGCUGAAUGAAGUCAAAUGCCACAACCUGCAAGCAUCGCGUCACCUGACUUCUGCAUUAAGCGUCACUAACAAAAUCGAUGGCGCUAUUCCCCUAAACAAAGGCAUGUUGAUCAGUCAGUCUCCAGUGCAAAUCUCGGUAUCAGCUGAAAAUCCAACUCCGCAGUUGCAAACAUUAGCGGUACCAAGCGCGAUGCUAGCCAAAACCACUGCAACAACGGAUACAAUGGUUACCGCAAGCGCAGCGUCUGUAUCUGAAUUGGAAUUAACAAUCACGUCAGACCCAGGCCUGAGGUUAUCCCAGUCUAGCGACGUUACUAGUCGCAAUCCGGUCGUGAGUAGGCGGUCCACAGGUUCCAAGGUCGCUCAACCGAGGGAAAGAUGGAAACCCGUCGGGGGCGUGAUUCACACAUCGCAGUGGCGAAACGCGCUCACGUUUGGAACGGGACACACUCAACUUCAGACGACGUGCAAGCAUAAAUCGACAGAUUCGGUUCGACAGAGUCUGACUACUCAAACUUCAACGGACACCAACGCUGAUGCAAACGUGUGUUUACCGCUGGUACGUGUUCGUCGUGAUGGACGCACAGACACUCGGAGUAGUACUCGGCUUGGCAAAGGGAAGGACUCUGACACGAGGUUUGCGCCUUCGAGAGCUCAGUCAGAAAGGCCCUGCGUGCAACCGCCUCCAAAUACUUCGCUACAACAACAUUCCGGGGACGCCGCGUUUCCAACGCAAUUCCAAACCGUGCCUUCAAAUCAUCCACCUGUCCGCCGAGGGGUCAGAACCACUACUGGGCUUCGGCCAAUCGAAGAGAAGAGUCCAGCUCAAGGUCAAGGCAAGACCGAAGAGGAAACGAACGCUAAGCACUCACCCCGUCUCCUUGGUGGUCUACUGAGACGUCCUCGACAAGAUCCGCGACCUAAAUUGGACACUAUUGAGGACAGAAUCAUGACCGAGUCGGAAUCUGACCCCAAACCGGUCAGUUCAGCAUUUGUUAACACAAACUCUGUGGAUUUGAUGCCUGAGACCCAGUCGAACGGAAAUCAUGCAAUGAUGCCAGCAUCAGUUCCUCCCUCUCCAAAUGAGUGGGUUCAAAUUGAAUCCGAUUGCCUCCCGAAUUCACACCAACUAUCUGAUUCAACUAUCUGUUGCUGUGGCUCCACUUGUUGUGUUGCUGAAAAUAAUGCUUUCGAAUGACGAACAACUUGCUCGUUAAUCGACUCACUCAUUUCAUGCUCUUCCACACAUUCAUCCUCAAAUGCUGCCUGUAAUCCAGCCAUGUUCUCUAUGGCUUAACGUCCAUUUACGUUUUGAUCACCUUGCAAGCACAUUUUUUGUUGCUAACCCUGGCGCGGUUAUUUUGGGGUGACGGAAUGUUGGAAAAUCGAACCAGCCAAAUCCGACGCAUGAUGCAACCUUGCUUCAACUGUCCCGUCACGCAUCACUCAUCUGUCCUUUGAUUUGGCUAGGUUUUAUUUCCGUAAUUUAUGCAACUACACAACACUGAACACUCAGCAACUUUGGUCUCAUUGUUUGAGCCUUAAUCUCCUGUGUGAAUUUUUUCUACUGAGUGACCGGUGUUUUCUUGUG